AUGUUGUGGGGCGAAAACGAUGUUAUUCUUAUGGCAGCCGCCAGGGCGAACGUCAAUGCUCUACUGACGGUUACGUUUUUGCAUGAAGUACAUGAUAUCUUGGUUCGUUACUUUGAGCUACCGACGAAAAAGCAGGACCUGGAGGGUCAAGUUAUUGAUAGAGCUGAAGAAACGCCGGGUUUGACGCGUGAAAAGAUCAUAGAUAACCAUUCGUUGGUGUUUGAGCUUCUAGAUGAGUGCAUGGACUUUGGUAUAGUCCAGCUAACAGACUACAAUAUUUUAAAGGAGUAUAUUAAGACGACAAUCAAUCGUCCUUCGCUAUCUGCGUCUGGCCAGGAUGACCAGUCUGAAACGGAUUCUAGUGCAGAUGAAGAGUUCAGGGUCAAGCGACGCCUGGCCAAGACAGAAAAGACCAGGAAAAAGAAAGAUAAGAACGAGAAGAAAUCCACACAUAACCUUGCAAAUAAAACGGAUGUUCUUAAUGAUACUCAGGCCAACUUUAUCAACAGUUCCAUCGUUCGUACCCAAGCUCUGGCUAUAAGUUGGCGACCAAAGGGUAUUUUUUAUGCCAAAAACGAGAUCUAUAUUGAUAUCGUGGAGAAGUGCAAUUUCCUUUACGACCUUGGAACGGAAACGAUCAAAAAUAAUGAUAUAUCUGGUGUUUGCGAAGUCAAAUCUUAUCUAUCUGGAAUGCCUCUUUGCAGACUUGGAUUGAAUGAAAGGUACAUUUCACAACUUGAGUACGAUAGUGAGUUGGAAGGCAGCGAUUCGGAAAAUGAAGAAGAAGAAGAACUCAAGCAAGAAACUCCAGAGAUUGAAGGUAAUCUUAUUAAAUCUGAAAGUGUCGACAAUUUCGAUGUCGAGUCUCAAUCAUCUGCCAAAUCGAAAUCUCCAGCUCCAUCAGAUACGAAGGAAGAAAAGCGACUCAAAGUGCCAAUUUCCAAUGUUUCCUUCCAUCAAUGUAUUGAGCUCUCUUCUGUCUAUAAGAAGAACUUAAUCCAUUUCACCCCGCCUGACGACAAAUUCACUCUUUUUUCAUAUAAUGUCGCUCAACUGAGGCGAAAGGAGAAAAAGCCUCUCAUUAUGAUUGAGCCGCUUUUCAAGAUACUAAAAUCCGAAGGAAAGCUCCAGGUCUUGUGUUCCCUAAAAACAGCGUACAAGAAGAGAUUGCGUUGUAAGCCACUCGUUGUGCGUAUCCCUAUAUCGCCCAACCUUUUCCAUCUCGAUGGUAAGGGUGACGGCAACUUAAGGUACAAGGCAGAACUUGGUGAAGCCCUGUUUGAGGUGGACUCCUCGACGCUCACCUGGACCUUACCAGACCUUCCUGGAUCCAAGCUGGUCGUACGGCUCAUGGCCGAGUUUGCUAUCACCAAUGCCGAGAAAGUAAAAGAAGAAGACAUCUCCGAGGCAUUUUAUCUGCUUCCGAAAACCACCGAUCUAGAUGCUAAGGAAGAGACUACAGCAGACGAACUCAACAAGUACUAUGGAGUAGGAGGAAAGUCAUCUUCAGUCUUUGAUGAUCUACAGAAGAACGCAAAGAUCUCCACCCAGCAUCGAGACAUCAUGAUCGACUUCUCGUUGCCCCUUCUUACCUACUCUGGUCUCCGCAUUACUUAUCUCAGCGUCCAGGAAGACACCCUUAAGUACACCUGCUUCCCCUGGGUCCGGUAUCUUACAGAAGUGCGCAGCUCCAGCUUAUCAAAGCACAGAGGCUCCCAACAGGGAGAGUAUCGUUUCAGACUUGCCCCUAAAUGUUUCAACAUUGUCCCUUAA